AUGUCUAAGGCGAUUGUGAAGACGACGUUCGAAGCGUCGCGAACGCUUCGCCCAAUCUAUACGGGCGGUAGCACCUCGUUGGACGCCAGCGGUCGCAUUCUGCUCACCUGCGUCGGGGAGGAUGCCUUGAUCGUCAAUUUGGAGACAGGCGAUCAGCUUGCUAGCCUGGAAGGUGAUGGCGAAAUCAUUACGAGUCUAGCCAUCUCGCCUUCCGCUUCGCAUGCCAUUGUUUGUUCUCGGUCUAUGUCUAUGCGUAUAUAUUCGCUUUCGCCAUACGAUGACGACUCCCAGACCAUUGAGGCAAAUCUUGUCCGAACUCUCAAGCCUCACACUGCGCCAGUCAUCUCAACUACCAUUGAUCAAACCAGCACUCUCCUGGCCACUGGUGCAUCUGAUGGUAGCAUCAAAGUUUGGGACAUUCGAGGUGGAUACGUAACGCACAACUUUAAUGAUCGGGGAAUUGUGUCUGCCCUCACUUUUUUCGAAGUACCAAUCUCGGAAGACCCCAAGGUAGGCACCAAGAAGAAGUCCAAGAAGAAAGCAUCUGGGGAUGACGAUGAAGACAUGGAAGAGUCUUCCUCUGCCCCCCGAGGCUCAACGGCAGGGUUCCGGCUUGCGAGCGGUUCGGAAGAAGGUAAGGUUCGCGUAUGGGAUCUGCAUAAAAGAAAAUCCAUUGCGACGCUCGAGUCACAUGUGUCUCUUGUUCGCAGCUUGUCAUUUUCCUCGCAAGAGAAUGCACUUCUCUCUGCAUCGCGCGAUAAGACUGUCAUUAUCUGGGAUGCGUCUACUUGGAAAACGCGACGUAUCAUACCGGUGCUUGAGAGUGUGGAAGCUGCUUCUUUCAUUGUCGAUAGUGGGUUAUUCGUGAUUGGAGGCGAGAAUGGCAAGAUCCGAGUUUGGGACUGCAACCGUGGAAGUGAAGUUACCGCGGAGCAGGAAGCUGGGGAGGAUUUCGAAACCAUCGUUGCUAUUCAAUACUCACGUGGUUUGCAUUUCGUGAUGUCUGUCCACGCAGACCAGACUAUUCGCCUUCAUUCCAUUGAUGCGCUCUCCGAUUACAAGCCAGGCUCCCACGUUGAGCCAUUGGAGGUCAUUCGUCGGAUUUCUGGAAAUGACGACGAGUACAUCGAUCUUGCCUUUGCCGGACCUGAUCGCUCAUUGCUCGCACUUGCCACAAAUACUGAAAGCAUUCGCCUGAUUUCCGUGGCUCCUUCCGAGGAUCGACCAACCACACAAGCCGAAGAAUAUUUUGGUGCAGACGUUCAUCAUUUGGAAGGUCAUGAAGAUAUCAUCAUUUGUCUCGAUGUGGAUUGGUCUGGUCACUGGCUAGCAACUGGCGCAAAAGACAAUACUGCCCGUCUCUGGCGUCUUGAUCCCAAGACCUCGUCUUUCCAGUCAUUUGCCGUCUUAACCGGCCAUGCUGAGUCCUUGGGCGCAAUUGCUCUGCCGCGCGUACCACCUCCAGCUGGAACACCGGCAUACAAUGAUCCAGUCAACCAUCCCCCGGCGUUCUUGAUGACUGGUUCUCAGGAUCGGACUAUCAAACGCUGGGACACCGGGAGACUUGGUCAGCUGAAAAAUGACAAGCCUCACUCUCCUAAGGCUGUCUACACUCGAAAAGCACACGAAAAGGACAUCAAUGCUCUCGACAUCGAUUCUGCAUCUACACUCUUUGCUUCUGCAUCACAGGACCGAACCGUGAAAAUCUGGGACGCGGAAGAGGGAGCUGCUGUGGGCAUUUUGCGUGGGCAUAAGCGUGGUGUUUGGUCGGUACGAUUUGCGCCUAAAAAUACACCCAUCGUGAACACCGAAGAAGGAACCAGCACCAGCAGGGGCCUUGUUGCUACCGCUUCCGGUGAUAAGACCGUGAAGCUGUGGAGUUUGGCUGACUACGCCUGUCUCUUGACGUUUGAAGGACACACAAACAGCGUUCUUAAGGUGAUCUGGCUUCCUCCUCCACAGGUCUCGAAGAGCGAAGACGAUGAAGAGGAGGAUGCUGUGACCAGCAAACAUGCUAUUCACACAAGGCCAUUGUUGGCAUCAGCUGCCGCCGACGGCUUGGUGAAAAUCUGGAAUCCUUACAGUGGUGAAGCGGAAGCCACCCUGGAUAACCAUACAGACCGCGUCUGGGCUUUGGCAAGCCCUACGCCUUCUGGUUCUAGGAACGACGUCAAGAAAAACUCAUCAAAAGCCAACAGUACACCAUUCGCUCUUGUCAGUGGCUCUGCUGACUCGACAGUCACGUUCUGGACCGACACAACCUCGGCAACGUACUCGGCUGCUGUGAGUGCUGAGUCGGAGCGGAUUGAGCAAGACCAACAGCUUCAGAAUCACAUCCGCGCCGGUAACUACCGCGAGGCCAUCACACUUGCUCUGCAACUCAACCACCCUGGCCGCUUGCUGUCUCUCUUCACGGCCGCCAUCAAUGCAGCUGAAGACCCGACCCGGUCCGAUGAGGAACGUGCUAUCGCGGCAAACAGCUUGACUGGAAAUCCGGCCAUCGAUGAGGUUUUGCAAACUUUGGGCACCUCAAAUUUGCGGACGCUUCUAUUGCGCCUUCGUGACUGGAAUACGAAUGCACGCACUUCUCGCGUCUCGCAGCGCAUCCUAUAUGCUCUAUUCCGCUCAUACCCUGCUUCGACUUUUGUUGAGCUGGCUACGACAUCUGUCCGGGGGAAAGAAGGCCGAGCCGCAGGUGGCCUGAAGGACAUCAUGCAGGCUUUGACUGCAUACACUGAGAGGCAUUACAAACGUAUCGAAGAGCUUGCUGACGACAGCUACUUGGUCGAGUGGGUGCUCAACGAAAUGGAUGGCGGUGUUGGUCUUGGUGGGUUGAUGGGUUUGAGCAUUGACUCUGACAAUGCUAAGGGGGACGUGGAAGAGCAUGACAAGGACGUGAUUAUGUUGGAGGCUUAA